AUGUCAAACGCCCAAGUUACCACCCGCCAGGCCUUUCGUCGAACUGACGACUAUACUCCCGGUACACCGAAAUUGAAACUUGUGAAAGAGGAUCUACCACUACCUCUCGCGCCGACCUCCGUAUUGGUCAAGGUACACGCUGUCGCUAUCAAUUAUAGAGACGCCAAUAUCGCCAAUGGUGGAAAUCCGUGGCCAGUCCUACCGAAUGGUAUCCUCUGUAAUGAUGCUGCUGGUGAGAUCAUAGCCGUGGGUGAGAAGGUGAAGGCCUUAGCCGUCGGAGACAGAGUUGGGCCUAUAAUCGAUACCGAGUAUAUCUCGGGACGCGAGGUGGGACGAUCGUGGCUUGCUGCGGAUGAGGAUGGAGUCAUGGCAGAUCACAUUGUCUUUGAUGAGGCUGUCUUGUGCAAGCUGCCAGUCUACCUGGACUGGAUUAGUGCUUCGACGAUUCCUUGUGCGGGUGUUACUGCAUGGUCGGCAUUGAAGGGUAUGAGUAUUGGACAGACGGUACUCAUUCAAGGGACUGGGGGCGUGAGCAUGUUUGCGCUGAAACUUGCGCGGGCUGCUGGACUGAGAGUUGUUCUCAGCUCGUCGAGUGAUAAGAAACUCCAACAAAUGAGGGAGAAGUUCUCAAACCCACCCAUCUUGACGGUCAACUAUACGACAACCCCAGACUGGCAUAAGGAGGUUCUGGAACUUACUGGUGGCGUGGGUGUUGAUAUCGUUGUUGAAAAUGGGGGCACUGGAUCCUUGGUUAAAAGUAUGAAAUGUACUCGACGUGGUGGCAUCGUCAGUCAAGUCGGGUAUCUUUCGAAGCAGAACCCUAUGGACCUCGCUGAGUUGGUCUCGACUAUUAUCGACCGUCGAAUCAUUUUGAGGGGUAUCAAUGCAGGAUCUAAGUAUGACACGGAAGACUUUUGCGCUGCUUUGUCGGCAUGUCAAACGCCGCUUGAUGAUAUUAUUGACAAAGUCUUCCCCUUUGAGCAAGCCGAGGAGGCAGUUCAAUAUGUCUGGGAGGGGAAACAGAUUGGAAAGGUUGUCCUAAAGCUUUAG